AUGUUGAUGCUUUUAGGAGCCACGGUCACGAUAUGGCUCAUUCAGUCCGCACGAAAUCCUUUGGCGUGGAACAUUUUCGACCUGAUAGGACCUCGAGGGCGGACCAAGGUCCAUCUAUCACCCGCAACCGUGCUCCUUCGCGACAAUGGCUUGACAAAAGAUGUUCAAUGGGACGAAUAUAGCCUAUUCAUAAAAGGGAGAAGAGUACUUUUGUGGUCUGGAGAGAUUCAUCCUUGGCGUAUUCCAGUUCGGUCGCAAUGGCUCGAUGUUCUACAAAAGAUCAAGGCUAGUGGAAUGAACGCUAUAUCUGUAUAUUCACACUGGGGCCUCCAUAAUCCUUCCCCUGGUGUCUUCGACUUUACCGGUUGGCAGGACUGGCAAGUCUUCUUGGAUAUUGCGAAGCAGGUCGGUCUUUGGGUGGUCUUUAGGCCUGGGCCGUAUAUCAACGCCGAGACAACCGGUGGCGGUAUCCCGGGUUGGGUUCUUGCACAGACGCCCGACGAUUUGAGGAGCAAUAACACUGCAUACUUCGAGGCCUGGUCUCCCUACAUUCGACACAUUUCGGAAAUCAUCGCACGAAAUCAAAUUACAGAAGGUGGUCCUAUUAUCGCAGUUCAGGCCGAGAACGAGUUCACCAGUAACCCUGAAGAGGGACCGUCACACAAGCGACAGAUGAUGGCUCAGUUGAGGGACGCAUUCACCAAAUCCAAUGUUGUCGUACCUCUUACUCAUAACGAUGCUGGAAUGAACGGGUACUUCGUCGACGGCAAGGGUUCCCCCGACAUUUAUGGAUUCGACGACUAUCCUCAAGGAUUCGAUUGCGCCAAUCCGCUAGUGUGGAAGAACCUAACGAAAGCAUACCACGACUACCAUAUGAAAACUUUUCCCAAGUCACCUCUUUACAUACCAGAGGCGCAGGCGGGAGCGUUCGAUCCAUGGGGUCCUUCAGCACCGACAUACGAUAACUGCCGUAUCUUGACGGGACCCUCUUUUCAGAACAAUCUAUACAAUCAUAUGCUCGCAAGUAACGCCAAAAUGAUCAACCUAUAUAUGAUGUACGGCGGUACAUCGUGGGGAAACAUACCGUUUCCUGGUGUCUACACCUCCUACGAUUAUGGGAGCCCAAUUCGCGAAACGAGGGCGUUGAGUGAUAAAUACGAUCAUCUCAAGCUGCUUGGGUUGUUCUUGCGUAGUAUGCCGGAUAUGUACCACACCGACGUCCUGGAAAACGAAAGCCUUUUGCGAACGGGGAGUACAAGCGAACUCACCGUCGUUCAUCUCAAGAAUCCUAUCACAAACGCGGGGUUUUACUACAUUCGCCAUGUAAAUGUGUCGACACAGUGCGUUUUUACCUUCACUGCUCCUCGCGGUCUUUUAACCGAGUCCAGAGAUUCAUUUGAUUACUCGCUGAAGCUGAAUACUAUCCACCAAGAACUUUCCCUUCCUCUUUUCAGCUCCUUAUUCACGCUGAGAGGUAGGACGACCGACCUUAUCAUGACAGACAUAUCCUUUGGUGAUUCCUUGAUCACCUAUACAUCGGCUUCCAUUUUUUUCGCGGGGAAAAUGGCAGAUAGAGAUGUCCUCAUCCUCUAUGGUGAUAUGGAGCAAGCACACGAAGCAAUCAUUCACCUCAGAGGGAAGCCAAGGAGACUCACGACUUCUCCAUCAGUAUCAAUGGUCAGAAACCAAUACCAUGGAAUAGGAACUGCUAUAUCUUUCUUGCCUGGAAUCAGGCAGGUAGUCGAAGUGUGGGAUACGGAUCAACAGCUUGUUCUUUACUGCGACACAGAAACUGCAUUUAAAUUACAUGCGCCAAUGCUUCAGAGACGCAACACCUCGGACCCGUUUGCGACGUUCUGGAACAUAGGAUCGAACGACACUAUUGUGGUUGGUGGACCUUAUAUUGUACGCAACGCAACCUUGGAUGACGGUCAUCUCGCGCUUUUUGGAGACCUUGAAGGAGAUACGAUGCUCCAACUUGUUGGACUCCCACAAGGUCUUAAUAGGAUUACGUGGAACGGGAUUGACGUCGGAACCGACUUCGAGCUCCAAGAGGUGCUCAGCGUGCUUACUGUUCCCCUUGGAAUGGUCAGAAAGUCGACUUUGCUGACACUACCCACGCUGGAGAAUUGGAGAUACCGCGAUAGUCUACCAGAGAUAACGGACAGCUUCAACUAUGAUGCAUGGACCGUAGCGGAGAACAUUGUGACGAAUUCUUCGUACAAGCCACUGUUCGGCGAUGGUCCCGUGCUAUACGCGUGCGACUAUGGUUUCUGCGAGGGGACCGUCAUUUGGAGCGGGGAGUUUGUUGCCACUAAUGAGGACAGGGCGGUUCGAAUGGUCAUCAACGGAGGAGAAGCAUUUGCGGCCAGCGUCUGGUUGAACGGUCACUUCCUGAAGACUACAUACGGAAACUCCACGAGAAAUACGAAUAUCAUCUGUGAGACGGAUGAAAUAUUCGAGUUCCCAGAGGAGUCACUGCGAAAGGGUGAACGGAAUGUUUUGGUGAUUCUCCAGGACAACAUGGGCAUGGACGAAACAGGUCCACAUUAUGACGCUAAUCAGUCCAAAUCUCCCCGCGGUAUCCGAGGAUACUCACUCCACUCGGGGGGAAACUUUACUUCAUGGAAGGUUCAAGGACGUCUCGGUGGUUACGAUAGGUUCGUUGACAGGUAUCGAGGCUUACUCAAUAAUGGGGGAUUACAUGGCGAGCGGCUCGGAUGGCAUCUCCCCGGAUUCCCGGAUGAGAAAUGGGAGUCCAGGUCCCUGGAAAUGGGCCUAGUUGACGAUCGUGCGGGCGUGGGUUUCUUCCGCACGACGUUCGCUUUGGAUCUACCUCGUGACUGUGACAUUUCAAUCUCGUUGGAGUUUGAGGAUGAUUUUCCUUCUCCAUAUCGGGCCUUUGUGUUCGUGAAUGGAUGGAACAUGGGUAAACGUAUCGGAAACUUGGGACCCCAGACAAAGUUCGUGGUCCAUGAAGGGAUUCUAAAUCAUCACGGUCCAAAUACCUUGGCUGUAGCCCUUUGGGCAAUGGAAAGAGGUCAAGGCAUCAAGCCUCGCCUAAGAUUGGUACUUAAUCACAAAUUCGAAGGCGGUGUUGGAGCAGAUUACGAGCCUGGGCCUGGCUGGGCAGAUCUUUAUCACUAA